AAGUAUCAGUCUUUUACAUUUCAUACAAGAAUCUAUAAAUUUUGCCGUUUGGUAGAGUGGGCUUACAUUUUAGCACUUUUCUACCUUCAGGGCACUCAAAUCACUUUGAGACGCAUUUCCUAAUUCACCUACUAAUGAUACACUAUCAGGCACAAUGUGGUAAAUUAUCUUGCUCAAGGACACUUCGACAUAGACACCAGGGUGUGGGAACCUCUAGGUUGGGGGACGAAUAUUCCACAACUAAGUGGUGCUCCCCCACCGGUUGACUAGUAUUUUAUAGCUCUAAAAAGAAAUUAGCCCGAGGGACCGCAUUGUGAGCAGGCUGACGAAAUUUCGAAACCAAAUGGCCUUGUCUUAGUACUGCCAAAACUAGCACAAUUCUGUGUCCGCCUCCACUCGUGCUUGAAAAAAACAACACAAAAGUCUGUCGAACAUCUGCAAAACAUUUGUGCGGUGAUAUAAGGGGUCUUGGUCAAAACGCAGAACGCCCAACAGUGUGGGUCAAACAGACACGCUAAGCCGUAGGAGUUAUACAUUUCCAAAGUGUUAUCAUGAAACGAAUGCAAAGUAUUUGCCUGGUGUUGUGCCUUCUGCUGCUUAGCCAAUGCACAUGCCAGCAGACAUCAGAAAAGAAGAGAAGCACAAAGAAAGAAUCAACAAAUGCUGCAAUUGAGGAACUAAAGAAACAAAUUGAAGACAUUGUUUAUGACUUGAACUUGUUGAAAGAGCAACAAUCUCUGCAAUCAAUGUGUCUGCGUGGAACGAAGGUCCUGGGCAAGUGUUUCCUCGCCGAUCCGGUCAAGAAGAAUUUCCACGCAGCCAGUGACGACUGCGUGGCCAAGGGGGGAAGCCUGAGCACGCCUGUGUCAGGGGAUGAAAACGACCAGUUGUUCAUUUACGUGCGGCAGAGCAUCGGCCCAGAGGAGCCCAUCUGGCUGGGCGUCAACGACAUGGUGACCGAAGGCCUGUGGUUGGACCAGUCGGGGUCCAAUUUACGCUUCAAGAACUGGGAGACAGAGAUCACCACACAGCCGGACGGCGGGCGUAUCCAGAACUGUGGUGUCUUGUCUAUGACAGCCAACGGGAAAUGGUUUGACGAAAGCUGUCGGGCUGAAAAGGCUUCUGUGUGUGAGUUUAACAUCGUCUGACUUUAAAAUUACUUCCAGGAUGUUGCCAUGUAGACCAUUACUGUACCAGGUUUGUUUUUCAGUAACAUUUUAUCAGCAAGCAGAAAAACAAUGUUGCCUCCUUUCGUGAUUUGUUGACAAGGAAUAAUGUAUGUAUGAAUAAAUAAUUAUAUAUAGUAUAUAUACAGUGGUAUGAAAAAGUAUCUGAACCUUUUGGAAUUUCUCACAUUUCUGCAAAAAAUCACCAAAUGUGAUCUGAUCCUUGUCAAAACCACACAGAUGUAAAUACAGCGCUUUAAAUAAAACCACCCAAGGUUUUCAUAUUUUAAUGAAGAUAGCAUGCAAACAAUGACAGAAGGGAAAUAUGAGUAAGUGAACCUUCUGCCUAAGGAGAUUUAAAGAGCAAUUGAAACCAAUUUUUACCAAACUAUUUAAGUCAUGUGUGUGCCCAAUCAAUGAUGAGUGGUUUAAAGCUGCCCUAACCACUAUAAAGUAUACGACUGGUAAGUAUUGUCUUGAUGAGAAGCAUUGUCUGAUGUGAAUCAUGGCUCGGUCAAAAGAACUGUCUGAAGACCUGUGAUCAAGGAUUGUUGAUUUGUAUAAAGCUGGGAAAGGAUACAAAACCAUCUCUAAAAGUCUGGAUGUUCAUCAAUCAAAAGUCAGAGAAGUUGUCUACAAAUGGAGAGAGUUUGGCACUGUUGCUUCUCUCGCAAAGAGUGGCCGUCCACCAAAGAUGACGCCAAGAGUUCAGCGCAUAAUACUCAGAUAAAAAAGAACCCUACAGUGUCUGCUAAAGACUUACAGAAAUCACUGGCACAGUCCAAUAUCUCUUAUGAUUUAACCCUAUAUUGCCAAAUGUAUCACAUUUGAUACACCUAAAAUUUCAUGAUUUUGAGACUAAUUCAGAAUUUUGACAUUUCUUUUUGAAAAAAAAGAUGGAUGCAAGUCAACACAUGCAUCUGCAGGUUCCAUGAGAAAAAAAAAAACAGGAUUUAGCAAGGUUAUAGAUAUCUGAGCGCUUAUUACACAUAUUCAUUUUGACUUUUCGUUUUACAAAUUUGAAAAAAGAAAAGGUUUCAUUAGGACCUUAUUUUUCAAAUGUUGGGAUUGUCUGAUAAUUGGUUCAUAUUGCUGGCAUUAAAGGGUUAAACAAACUCAUUCACUCACUAGAAGGGUCUAAACUACAUGUAAAACUAUGGCCAAGAAUGGUAUUCAUGGAAGGACUCCAUGGAGGAAGCCACUGCUGUGAUUUGGGGCUGUUUGCUACCUCAGGGCCUGGACAACUUGCAAUCAUUAAUGGAAGAAUGAAUUCAAAAGUUUAUCAGUAUGUUUUGCGGGAAAACCUGAGGCCGGCUGUCAGACAGUUGAAGUUAAAAAGAGGACGGAUGUUGCAACAAGACAAUGAUCCAAAACACAGAAGUAAAUCAACUUCAGAGCGGUUUCAGAAGAACAAAAUACACGUUCUGGAGUGGCCAAGUCAAAGUUCAGACUUGAACCCCAUUGAGAUGCUGGGGCAUGACCUAAACACAGCGAUUCAUGCCAGACAUCCCAGGAAUCUGCUUGAACUACAGCAGUUUUGUACAGAAGAAUGGGCCAAGAUUAGUCAUACGAUUAGACUGAUUUGCAGCUGCAGGAAGUGUCUGGUUGAAGUUAUUGCUGCCAAAGGAAGGGCCAGAAAAUAUUAAAUGUGAUGGUUCACUUACUUAUCCCCCCCCCCCCCCCCCCUUCUGUCAUAGUUUGCAUACUAUCCUCAUUAAAAUAUGAAAACCUAUAAAUGUUUGGGUGGUUUUAGUUUAAACAGACAGUUUUGUCAUCUGUGUGAUUUUGACCAAGAUCAAAUCACAUUUGAUGAUGAUUUUAUGCUGAAAUGUGAGAAAUUCCAAAAGGUUCAGAUACUUUUUCAUACCACUGUAUGUAUAUAUAAUGUAAUGUAUGGACCCUGAAUUUUUUUCUAUAACCAGCCUAAACACAUUUACAGUAUUUUCCUGCAAAUGCUCCUCCAUGGCAUUUCUGUGCAAAACUGAGCAGAACAAAUAAAGCGUUUGCUCUCCAGAGCAGAGUGAGUCAUCUCCUGAAAGAUGAGUAUGAGGUCAACAAGCUCUUAUUCAUGAUUUUAACCCAACUUUUGGCCAAGGUCUGUCAGCUCAGAGGUUAAACAUUCAAGGAGGAAGGGAUAUAAGAAAAAGAAGAAGAGAAAUCAGUAAGAGGUCAGAUCAUAUUUACUCUUGUUCACAUUCCU